AUGUCGUCUCGCCUUCUUCAGCUUUUCCUCGUUUUCGCCCUAACCUCGUCAUGCGCAGCCGCCAACGGUAUUCUCGACUGCGAUAAAAUUGAUGUCAACGCGCAUUAUCGCCAUUUCCCAUUCGCCAGACCAAUGGCUGACGGCGAUGAGAUCAUUGUUCGUGGAACGCUAUUCACAAGCAUGAGCAAACACAAAGCAGCGUGGGAUUUGUAUGGAACCGCUAACUCGAUCGGAUUGCACUUUCGAAUGGAUUUCAAAAGGAACGGCCAACCACAUCGGCUCAUUCUCAACACGCAACAAAACGGAAGAUGGAAGAGAGAGCAGAUCAGUUCGAAUCCGUUCCAUGCCGGGCAGGCAAUCGAAAUUCGAGCCAAAAAAGUUGGCAACUCGUUCCAUUUAUCCUACGGCAACGGAAUUUUCCUCAAAACGUAUCCAACACGAUUGCCGGCUAACUUUGAGAUGACCUCAUUCUUAUCAUGGGGCGACUGGGUUGUCCAUAAUAUUGAAAUGGUUUGCAAAAAUCCACCGGUUGCCCAGAGAUUAGUUCAAUCAAGGAGUAUGGUCAAUGCUAAUGGAGGUAUCGCCUUAUUUGAGAGCAAAUUAGGAUCGGGAAUUAGCGGAACGGCUGGAAGCGGAAACGGGCAAUCAGGUAAUGGAAAUGGUGGAUCGAUGGCCGGUAACGGAGCAGGUGGUGGAAAUGUUGGAUCCGGAAUUAAUGGAGGCAAUAGCGGCGGGUCCGGAAAUGGGGGAUCUGGAAGCAAUGGAGGAUCUGGAAACCAAGGAAAUAAUGGGGGUUUGUGGGCGAAUCUAGAGGAUCUAAUAGAGUUGAUGCUUAUAGGCUCAGGAAACAAUGGAGGAAACAAUGGAGGAAGCGGAGGAAACAACAAUGGUGGAAAUGGAGGAUCGGGGAAUAACGGAGGAGGAAACAAUGGAGGUUCCGGUGGAAACAAUGGAGGAUCAGGAAAUUCUGGAAACAAUGGAGGUUCGGGGAAGGAGAUGGGGGAUCUGACAAAUCUGAUCGAUUAUAUUGGAAUACUUCAGGCAGCAACAAUGGAGGAAGCGGAGGAAGCAACGGAGGUUGGGGAAGCAACAAUGGAGGAAGCGGAGGAAACAAUGGAGGUGACAAGCCUUGAUUGA